AUGGAUUGUCUUCUUUCUUCUAAAUUAGGACUCAAUGAUGUCGCUGACAAGUUGCCUGGUAAAAGGGUACUGAUGAGAGUCGAUUACAACGUACCAAUGAGAGAUGGAGUUAUUAAGGAUCUUACAAGAGUAAAGGCAACUAUUCCAACUAUCAAGUUUUUACUUGAAAAUGGAGUUCACUCCGUUGUUUUGAUGUCACAUUGUGGCAGACCAAACGGAAGGAAAGUACCAAGGCACUCACUGUGCCCAGUUGUUGGACCGCUGUCAUCACUUCUUGGUAUGCAGGUUAAAUUUCUAAAUGACUGUGUUGGACCGGAAGUGGAAAAAGAGUGUAGCAACCCAACUAAAGGCUCUGUAAUUCUUCUAGAAAACCUCAGGUUCCACCCUGAAGAGGAGGGAGAAUUGGAUGGAGCUAAGGUAGAUGAUGUUAGGGUCCAAAGGUUCCGUGAGUCACUUACCAAGUUGGGUGAUGUGUACGUAAACGACGCAUUUGGUACAGCACACAGAGCCCAUAGCUCAAUGGUAGGAGUUAACCUACCUUUAAGAGUGGCAGGGUUCUUGAUGAAGAAGGAGUUGGACUACUUUGCAAAGGCACUUGAAAACCCUCAGAAGCCUUUCCUAGCAAUACUAGGAGGAGCGAAGGUAAAGGAUAAGGUCAAACUCAUCUUAGCAUUACUGGAAAAGAUUGAUGUCCUCAUAAUAGGAGGAGGAAUGGCAUAUACCUUUAAGAAAGUACUUGACAAUAUGCCAAUUGGAACCUCACUCUUUGACAGUGAUAGUGUCCACUUGGUCAAGGAAAUUUCAGAAAAAGCCAAGGAAAAAGGUGUAAAACUACUCCUUCCCUGUGAUUUUGUAGUUACAACAACUUUUUCGAACGAUGGACCGAUAAAAUUGGCAUCGGAAACGCAAGGAGUACCAGAUGGUUGGAUGGGCCUGGACUGUGGGCCGAAAUCAGUAGAAAAAUUCUCAGAGCCAGUUUUAACAGCAAAGACAAUAGUAUGGAACGGCCCACUUGGAGUUUUCGAGUUACCAAACUUCUCAAAGGGAAGUAACGAAGUUCUAGAUCUGGUUGUGAAGGCAACUGAAAAGGGCGCUACGUCGAUCAUCGGAGGUGGUGACACAGCUUCAUUAGCAGAAUCUACUGGAAAAGCUCCCAAAUUAAGCCAUGUUUCUACGGGCGGAGGAGCGUCACUGGAACUCCUGGAAGGAAAACAACUACCAGGGGUUGUAUAUCUAACUAAUCGUUAA